GUAUUGUGACCAUGCCCUUGUGGAGUGCAGAUGCCCUCACAUCUCUUCGCUGCCACGCAUCCAAACAGGAAGUUCAAUCCCAAUCGCCACUACACAAAACCACAUCACUUGUUUUUUUUUAUAUUUUUUGUUUUCUAGAAACCGAAAGAACAGAAACCAAAGCAAAAACUUAACGCUCCCUUGUACCCAUUUCUGGUAUCUUCUAAAAAAUCUCUCCUUUACCACAGGCUGCCAUGAUUUGAUCAAUUUUAAGUUGUUCUUCAGAUGGGUUUUACCUCAAAAACUCAGCUUUUACUUAUUUUGAGCUUGUUUUUCUUUGCAAAUCUUGCUGAAUCUGAUAGUGAUUACUCUAAGUUGGUGUAUAAGGGCUGUGGAAAGCAAAUUUUGCAAGAUCCAACUGGGGUCUAUGCACAAGCACUUUCAGCUCUCUUUGGUUCCUUGGUUUCACAGUCCACAAAGGUUAAGUUUUUCAAGUCUACUUCUGGUAGUGGCCAGACCGCCAUUAAUGGUCUCUUUCAAUGCAGAGGUGAUCUCAGUAACAGUGACUGUUACAGCUGUGUGAGCAAGCUCCCAAUUUUAUCUGACAAGCUGUGUGGCAAAACUGUUGCUGCAAGAGUUCAACUUCUUGGGUGCUAUAUGCUUUAUGAGGUUAAUGGGUAUGCUCAGGUUUCUGGUUUGGAGCUGUUGUACAAAAUAUGUGGGGAAACAAAUGUUAAGGGAAGUGGAUUUGAAGAGAGGAGAGAUGCAGCCCUUCAGGUGAUGGAAAAUGGUGUGGUUACUGGCCAUGGAUUUUACACUAGUAGCUAUCAAUCUGUGUAUUUGUUGGCUCAAUGUCAAGGUGAUUUGGGAGAUUCAGACUGUGGUGAAUGUGUGACAACUGCUGUUCAGAAAGGUCAAGUUGAGUGUGGGAGCUCCAUUUCAGGGCAAAUUUAUCUCCAUAAAUGCUUUAUUAGUUAUAGUUAUUAUCCCAAUGGAGUCCCCAGGAGACAAUCUUCUUCAUCUUCAUCUUCAUCUUCAGAUUCAUCAGGGCCAGAGCCAAAUACAGGAAAGACAGUGGCUAUAAUAUUAGGAGGGGCAGCAGGAAUUGCAUUUAUAGUUAUUUGUUUGAUGUUUGCUAAAAAUUUAAUGAAGAAACAUGAUGAUUAUUGAGGAAUUAGGUUGUUCUAAAGAUGCAGAGAGAGAGAGAGAGAGAGAGAGGUCUUUUUCUUGGUGAAUUGUUUUCUUAUGUUUGUUUCUUUGGUGAUGGGUUUUUGUAAUGCACAGAAUUUUUGAAGAAAAAGAAAAAGGAAAAAGGAAGGGGAAAAUGUUAGUGUUUUGAUGUUACAUUUUGAUGAAGAAGUAGCAUCAGGACAUACUUAUAAGCAUGAAUUUUUUCACUGAGGUGAAAAAAGGAUAUGAUCAUGAAUGUGUAUGAAUGUUUGCAAAAUCCAUGUGGGUGUUAAUUAAUAUGUCUUUUUUCUUUUAUUUUUA